AUGCAGCCUCUUCCAAAACGAGCAGGGAUCGCAACGAUCUGGUCGAGCUUUCCACAGCCCGGCUCUACCAAGGACAAAGAAAUCGUACAGGAGCGACUCACUGAAAUCCUCAGUACCAACGACUAUCUCAAGGCCAAUUUCGGCAGACCAUCGGUGGCGGAAGAUCUGAAGCGUGAUAUCAGCAACAUCCUUGAAGAAUUACCUGAAUUUGUCCAGGAGGCAGCCAGCAUUGACCAUGAGCGCAAACAUAGGGUCCACGACGAUCAUCCACUCCUCUCUGGUGACCUGAUCACGCUUGAGACCCAUGAUCCCGAGAAUUAUCCCCUCCCAGAUACCCGGAUCCUUCUCCAGUGGAUCCUGAAUCGUGUGCUUGCAUCAAGGGGUGGUGUAGAACCGAAGGACCUGGAGGAUGAUGAGUCGGAUGGAGACUCAGAUGAGGGACUUGACUAUUUCCCCAGGCCUGUGUUGCAAUCCCCAAGUGUUCUUGACUAA